AUGGGAAACCUGUGUGACUGUUGUGGAAUCAGAGACAAGGGGCCGACGGGCUUGCCACCGUACGGUAGUGGUGGCAAUGCAGAGCAUGGAUAUGCAGUGGCCAUCAAUGACAGAGCAACCAUGGAGGAUGCCAUAGCAAUCCAGGAGAACGUCGGGGGGUUUACGUGCCUUGCCGUCUUCGACGGGCACGGAGGGGACAAGGCAGCCACACUGGCUCAGUCGCACUUACCAAAGCAGCUGAACCAGCAUCUUCAGAAGACCACCGACAAGGAACAGGCCGCCAUUGAUGCCUUCCAUGCAGUCGAUGAGCUCAUGCACGAGGAAUUGGCCGGCGAGGCCAGUAUGUUGCCUUCCGGCACAUCAUCUGGAACCGUCGCAUGCGCAGCACUUUUCCGAGACAAGGAGGUUAUCUUGGUGAAUUUGGGAGACUGCCGUGCGGUGGUCUGUGAGUCCUCGAAGGUGGCCACGACAACGAAGGACCAUUCUCCAGACAAAAACAAGAUGGAAAAGCAGCGGCUGAACGACAGUGGUGUGUCUGUCGAAUGUGGCUACGUGGAGGGCAAGGUGCAGGUCUCCCGGGCCUUCGGUGACAUCGUGGCCAAAACCGGACACAAGAUCCGUGGGCUGAUGUGCACGCCGGAAGUGACCAUCAUCGAAGUUAAGGAGACCACGGAGUUCCUGAUCCUGGCCACAGAUGGGAUCUGGGACGGCAUUCAAGAUCAGACGGCGACCACCACGGCCAGGAAGGUGCUUCGCGAGACACGGUCUCCGGAAGCGGCAGCAAAGGCAGUCGUCGAAGCUGCCGGUAAGGUCACUAAGGCAGACAACGCUGCGGUGAUUGUCUUAGCGCUCAACGUCCCAGAGCCGCCCCCUAAAAGGGACCCGGCCCAGAGCCGCUUCCGGCGGAGCUCCAAGACGGAGUGA